UAUCGUAAUACAAUAGCCUUGUGACGAAAUGUAACAUAAUACAGUUACUGCAUACGCAAUAUAAAGUUACAGUGUACAGACGAUGUAAAGACAAGCCACGACACACAAUUAUGGGGUUCAUGAAUGAGGGCUUGUUCACAAGAGGCUAUACCUGGAGUGCUAAGACUUGUAGGUUUGUAGUUUUAAUGUAGCUUGUGUUAAAAGUGAUGGAGUGAGAGACAAGCAGGAGAAGAUGGGAACUUGUCCACUACUCCAGGCAUUUCUUAAUGAGCACAGGCCCUCCAUGUCGACAAGAUCUGUUGGCAUGUGCAACUUAUUAGUUUAUAUGGAUCCCACAGUCUUUAUUACAAUAUUUAGAAAUCUCUCUGUCACACACACACUCUCACAGUUCUUUCUUUAACAUAUAAAUGAAACAGAAACCGAAUCCCUUCAAUGAUUUUGCCCCUAGAUUAAGACUGAGGUCAUGUACUAAUUUUUUUUCAAAUAAACUCACAACCAUUACUCAUUUCAUUGAACUCCAAAAUUGGUUGGAGAAUUUAAUUCCAAAAUUUGAUCCUCCACUAAGCUUUUGCUGACAAGGUUCUCUUCCCUUGUUCCCUUUUUGGGGAUUUGGUUCUUUUUCCCAUGAAAUUUUCAGCAACCCUCCUUGGGAUUUGAGCUUAUUUUUCUUAUUUCUCUCUCUACAACAUGUGGGGUUCUAUAUUUUAUCAUCCCCAACUAUUUAUUCUGAUCUUUGGAUCAUUAUUUUUGAGAUGUGGUUGUGUUGGGUAGAUUGCCAUUGGUAUCAGACUCUAUCAGUACAAUAGAGUACAGAGCAUGUCCUUUGUAGUUCUCUGUUUCAUGUCAGCUUAUCCAUGCCCAAUGUAUAUAGAUCUUGUAAAUGCCCUAGUUCAUGAAUUUUUAUGUAUGUUUGCUAUAAAUUUGUGAUGGGUUCUAGGGUUUGUUGCUGGAUUUGGUGUUGAACCCUUUUCUGUGUUAGUAAGAUGGAAUCUGGAAAUGAGUUUUACUCAGUUGAUGAGUUUAGGUUGGAUGGAAAAUGGAUGGUUGACCCUAAAAAUCUCUUUGUUGGUCCAAGAAUUGGAGAGGGUGCUCAUGCCAAAGUGUACGAGGGCAAAUAUAAGAAUCAGAAUGUUGCCAUUAAAAUUGUUCAUAGAGGAGACAGUCCAGAGGAAAUCACCAAGAGAGAAGCGCGGUUCGCGAGAGAGGUUGCUAUGUUGUCUAGAGUUCAACAUAAGAACUUAGCAAAGUUUAUUGGUGCUUGCAAGGAGCCUGUGAUGGUGAUAGUUACUGAGCUCUUGUUAGGAGGGACAUUGCGGAAGUAUUUGCGAAACAUGCGGCCCAGGUGCUUGGACACACGACUUGCCAUCGGUUUUGCACUUGACAUUGCUCGUGCUGUGGAGUGUCUGCACUCUCAUGGGAUCAUACAUCGUGAUCUGAAACCUGAAAACUUAAUCUUGACUGCAGACCAGAAAACAGUAAAACUUGUGGAUUUUGGUUUAGCAAGAGAGGAGUCAUUAACAGAAAUGAUGACUGCUGAAACAGGGACAUACCGUUGGAUGGCGCCAGAGUUGUAUAGUACUGUUACAUUGAGACAUGGAGAGAAGAAGCAUUACAAUCACAAAGUAGAUGCCUAUAGCUUUGCUAUCGUGUUGUGGGAGCUUUUACACAAUAAGUUGCCUUUUGAAGGCAUGUCAAAUCUACAGGCAGCUUAUGCAGCCGCUUUCAAGAACACGAGGCCUAGCUUGGAUGAUCUCCCGGAAGAGUUGGCCAUAAUUCUGGACUCGUGCUGGAAGGAGGAUCCGGAUGCCCGGCCUAACUUCAGUCAAAUAAUAAAUAUGCUCCUUCAUUAUCUUUCUACCAUUUCGCCCCCUGCACCUAUGAUCCCUUCUCGAAUUUUCACAUCCGAGAACUCUGUCUUGCCACCGGAAUCUCCAGGUACCAGCUCUUUGAUGGCAUUGCAUGGUGACUCGGGGGAAACCCCCAAAGGAGAGAUGGAAAGCAAGCCGAAUGGUUUCUUCUUUUGUUUCAACCAAUGCUAUUAACCAUGAAAAUUCUGAACUCAAAAGGGAAGUCAAGUGAACAAGAGGCUCGAAUCCCAUUAUUGCAUUCGUUUAACACGGUGAAUGUAAAGUUUAUAUUAUAUCCCCAAGUUCAAUUUGUGGGAUGAAGAUGCUGCUUUACAUCGUCGCGAUGAAUUUACUCAAGCUGUAAGAUCUCACUGAACAGAGAGUCUAGGAUGAAAUGACAUCCAAGCUCCAAUUCUUGCAAAGAAAAUAAAAAUGACACUAGCACUGUUAAUGUACUAGCACCUACCUACUUUUUAUGCUACUCUUACCAUAGAAUGUCUUGUCUUGUGGCAAAGAGCUUGUAAGGUAGCCUUGAACACAUUCCACACAGACCUCAACAUUUGCUGGGGACAAAAGGGGGAAAAAAAAGAAGUGAAAUGAUGAUAUGUAUUGUGUUUUGCUUAUGGGUUAUAGAGUAAUGGCUAGUUUUGGGAGGGAUAAGGAUCACCGCCAGUUGCACAGUAAUCAAUUUUCUUCAUUUUUGUAAGUAAAAGUACAUUAUAAUAUUUUCGUAACGUGCAUUUCAAUAUUUUCUUUCUGUGCA